AUGUCAACAUUGACCCAACCUGCUGCUGGACUCGUAAUUUGCAACUGCUGUGGGUCGCUAGUCACACCUUGGGCUGAAAUGGAACAUAUGAAGAAGGGCUUCAUGUCAAAUCAUCUUCAAGCUCUUCAGAUUGCAAAGAACUUACCCCAAGGUCUGGAUCAACAUGACUCUGAUGAUACAGUGCAAGUCUGGCCUGCUAAACGGGCACGGAACCGCAUCAGAGUGACAAUGAAGGCUCGGGUUCAGGUGGCAAUGGAUGCACAGGCAGCAACGAAGAUGCUGCUGGUGAAACUAGGAUGCAUUUGGGCCAGCAGCUCCAACCAGGCUUACCAGAUGAUGAAUUCGACUUCAGCAAUGAAAGGAUGGCAAGGGAAGCGAUAG